AUGACAGCUGUCGCUACUCCUCGCGCACCCACGCCGCGCCCGAAAGCCCCCGCAACAGUCAGUUUCGCGAACGACACCACCUCCUUUGCCCCGACACCCUCGACCCCCGCUACCGAACGUCUCCGUCCGCAGUUGCAGAGCAAUCCUUCCGCUCGCCGAUCAAUUCGCGCAGCCCCUACCGACUUUCUCUCCGACAGGGCCACUGCCGCCUUCAUCCGUCGUGUCCUAUGUUCCCAACAGCUCUCCGAUAAGGAGAGAACCACCCCGCCCCCGAUUGAGGAGCUGCUGCCGCCCCUGACAAGUCGAAACGACGUCGACCUUCAGCUAUACGCCCUGAUUGCUGUCAUUUUGAGGGAAUACGUACAGGCCUGGUACAGCAAGAUCACACCAGAUGAGGCCUUUGUCGACGAGAUUGUCCAGAUCAUAGCCCAUUGUACCAGAGCUCUGGAACAACGGCUACGGAAGGUCGAUCUAGAAAGCCUGCUCUUCGACGAGCUUCCCGACUUGCUGGACAAACAUAUCGUCGCCUAUCGCGCAGCGCAUGACCCCGUAUUGGCGCCCUUGUCACCAAUACCACGGCCAGACCAACCAGAGACCGUUGCGAAGCAGCAAGAGAACGAGGCAAUCUACCGCCAAUUGUUGGUACAAGGCGUUUUGGCCGUACUGCUGCCAACCGAAGACCUCGAAAACGACUGCCUAACCUCCUUGGUCGGUCAAAUCUUCUCUGAGCUCAUCAUUGGCAAUGUCUUGGCCAAUCGGCUCUCUCAACCAUGGCUUAUUUACGAAUGCCUGAUUAUUCUCACGAGAGUCCUUGAACGGAAAUCCGAACCCCUUGAGGAAGAUGUUGCAGAGGCGGUGCAGGCCGGGUCAGCGGCUCCUCUACCUAGACCGGCUCGCCGCAGCUGGUCAAUCCAAGGGGUGUUCUGGUCUUUCGUACACUGGUGUUUUCUGUCAUUUGCAAUGAUACGCCUGCUUGUCAGCACUCUCGCCAUGUCUUCAUCCUUGCCUCCAAGAGCAGAUGUUGCCUACGAUGAGAAACACGAGUUGACGGGUCAGUUAUCAGAUUCAAAGACACCUGAUGCGCUCACGGGCUUGGACGAAGCACAGCCAGUGAAGACUCCCAUCUUCGCCUUCAAGCUGUGGACCUGCAUAUCUGACCUGAUCGAAUUGGACGCCCGCAUGCCUUGGUUGAGCGGAACGCUCUCGAUGCUUCAGCUCGGAGCUAUGAAAGGUCCAGGCCGGGUCGCCGCCCUAAACGGACCCAUGGACAGGUAG